AUGGACCAACCUUAUGCUCAAUACCAACAGCAACCGACCGCGUAUCCUCACCAACAUCAACAACCGCCGCACCCGAACCAAGCGAGUCCCGUCAUGCAAACACAACCACCUCCCAACUACGCGCAACAUCAACAACAACAGAUGGCGCCUCAGCAGAUGAUGCCUCAGAUGGCUUACAAUUAUGGCAUGCAGCCACACUAUGGCGUGUCACCUACACAAGCGGCCGCUAUGGCGACCGCUGCGGCGUCAGGAUAUCCGGCAUACACAAUGGGUGAGACGCUCGGAGGGACGAUGCAACAGACGUCGCCGCGGUUACAACACAUCAAGACCGAUGGCUCGCGGCCGCCGGAGCAGUCGCCUCGACAACAAGGGCAGAUGAACGCGCCUGGCGUGAUGCCGCAGAUGCAGGCGGGCGCGCAGCCAAUGCCAAACACCCUCCCCCCGCAAAUGCAACAGCAGAGACGCAUGUCGCAUGUCCAGAGCCCAGCAGUCCAACAGCCACAGCCCCAACAGCAACCUCAACCCAUGAGCGCGCCUCCACGACCCCCAACAGCAUCACAACCUCCACCCCAGAUGGCUCAAGCACAGCCACCCCAGCAAUCGCCCGAAGGUCAGACGACAGGCGGAGUCGAAGAAUCGCCCCUCUACGUCAACGCGAAGCAAUUCCACCGCAUCCUCAAACGCCGCAUGGCGCGCCAAAAGCUGGAAGAACAACUGCGUCUCACCAGCAAAGGCCGCAAGCCCUACCUCCACGAGUCCCGUCACAAUCAUGCUAUGCGCAGACCCCGCGGACCCGGUGGACGGUUUUUGACGGCCGAGGAAGUGAGCCAGAUGGAAGCGCGCGGGUUGACGGAGGGGGAGUUCAAGAACGAGCUCUCGGCGAACGGAGCCAAUGGCACUUCCGGCGCGGGCUCGAAGCGGAAAGCGAACGGGCAUUCGAAGAGCGAGACGCCUGGGAAGAAGAUCAAGAGCGAUGAGGAGGAUGAAGAUGGGCUUGAAGACAACUAG